GUGGCCGCAAGUUAAAAACCACGCCCGGAUGUAGCUUCGCUUACUUCGGUCUCAGCUCAGGCAAUAACUGUCCAGGAUCCUGCUGCUGCUGCUGCUGCUGCUGCGUACCCACAGCUGCCGUGCCAAUGGCGACUAUUCAUGAGAUCCUCAGCAAGCUGACAUUGGAGGGGAAUCAAUCCAGCACCACUCAGCCCAGAUUAGGUACUGUGAAGCCAUCCACCAACUUUGAUCCAGAUAAGGAUGCAGCAGGUCUUGAAGCAGCCAUUAAAACAAAAGGUGUUGACGAGGUAACAAUCAUAAGCAUAUUAACAAAUCGCAGUAAUGAGCAGCGACAGGACAUUGCAUUUGCCUACCAGAGGAGGACGAAAAAGGACCUCCCAUCUGCGCUUAAGGGUGCUCUUUCUGGUCACUUAGAGACAGUUAUGCUGGGGCUAAUAAAAACUCGUCCUCAGUAUGAUGCUUCAGAACUCAAAGGAGCAAUGAAGGGUCUAGGCACAGAUGAAGACACACUCAUUGAAAUUAUCUGCUCGAGGACAAAUCAAGAACUCCAGGCGAUCCAGGCUGCAUACAGAGAGUUGUACAAGACAGAAUUAGAAAAAGACAUAGUGUCAGACACAUCUGGUGACUUCCGCAAAUUAAUGGUGGCACUAGCCAAGGGCAAACGUCAGGAAGAGAGUUCUGUCGUGGAUUAUGAGAAGAUUGAUCAAGAUGCCAGAGAACUGUAUGAGGCUGGUGUGAAGAGGAAAGGUACUGAUGUUGGCAAGUGGAUCACAAUAAUGACAGAAAGAAGCAUUCCUCACCUCCAGAAAGUGUUUGAAAGAUACAAGAGCUACAGUCCCUAUGACAUGCAAGAGAGUAUUAAGAAAGAGGUGAAGGGAGACUUAGAAAAUGCUUUCCUUAAUCUGGUUCAGUGCAUCCAGAACAAGCCUCUGUAUUUUGCAGACAGACUAUAUGACUCCAUGAAGGGCAAAGGAACAAAAGACAAAGUUCUCAUCCGGGUUAUGGUUUCCCGAAGUGAAGUUGACAUGCUGAAAAUCCGAUCAGAGUUUAAAAAGAAAUACAACAAAUCUCUGCACUACUACAUUGGGCAAGACACAAAAGGAGAUUAUCAACGCGCCCUUCUCAACCUUUGUGGGGGAGAUGACUAAAUCUCAAGGCCUUCUCCUGUCCCCCCAUAUUGUCCUUGCUUCCCCUUCCACUGCCCCUACAGUGAUGUGCCAACCUUAUAUUCUAGUCUCAUUAAUAGCUCACAUCUACAACAACUAAUAAAACAACUCUUCGUUUUA